UAUAUUAUUGGUAAAUUAGUUAACUUAAUUACCAAAGGUAGAAACCCAAACAACAACCAACAGAAAACAACAAGGGAAACAAAAGCUAAGGGAGCACAGCCCGCACCCAAGCAAAAACAAAAAACACUAAAACAUUCUACAACGACACCAGCCAAACUCGCAAAAUUUGAGUUAUAAAAGGUCAUUUUUUACAAAUUUGCAAUGCUUGUAUAAUAACACUUUAAACAUUAACAUUUGAUUUUUGCCUUGUUUUUUCCCUGUAUGAAUUAAAGGUUAGUUCCUACUUCCUAAUCAAUGGCGAAGAGACAAAAGUUAAAAGUGCUAAGUGUACUUGACGUAGCAAAGACACAAUGGUACCACUUGAAAGUUUUCAUGAUUCUUGGUAUGGGCUUCUUUACUAAUGUCUAUGAGCUUUUCUCCAUAUCUGUGGUGACCAAAAUCUUAGGCCGUCUCUAUUACACUGAGCCAAAUCCAACUAGCCCAGGGUUUAUACCCAUGAAUGUGGCCUUGUGUGGUACCUUUGCUGGGCAACUCAUCUUUGGGUGGUUAGGUGACAAGUUAGGAAGGAAAAAGACACCAGCCCAACAAGCUACACAGCAGAACCAGACUGAACAACACAAGGUUUGCACAAAAGAACUGCACAACAGCAAGCCAGCCUGAGCAGAACAGUAUGCCUGACUGACUGCAAACCUGCAAAACUACGCAACACCAAGACUGAGCAGUAGCAGCAGCUACAACAGCAGGACCUCAAGAACUUUCAGUUUUCAGAUUCAGUAGCAGUAGCAGGACCUCAACAUCAGGACCUCAACAACAGUAGCAGUAGCAGCAGAUUCAGUUUUCUCAUGUUAUCAAAGCUGUAGAUUCUUAAUCUUUCGAGUUUAGUUCCUCUUGUCAGUUAUAGAUUUAGAU